UCAGAUUAGGGAAUUUUGCUGGCCAGUUUCGAAACCCACUUUUUGCUGUCAAUAUUGCUGAUGUGAUUUUUCUGAGUCAUCAGUCUUGAUGGCGUUGAAUCUAAUCAGCUAUGUUCUGCACUCGCAGUGAUAUCAUGACGCAUUUCUUAACUCGGCGCCCUUCUGAACAGUUCUCCGUCGACGUUCUUCAUCAUGAUGCGACUGUUUCGCACGACCGAUACAACGAAACACUGUGGAGUGAACACAAAGAUAGCAUGUAUCGUGCUGGGCAUUUUGGUGACUGCAAUGCAGAUAUAUUGCUAUUUAUUUCUGCCUAUUAUCCCAGGUUUGACACUGUCUGGAAUUGCUGCGCUUUUAUUUUUCGUACUUCUCGUAGCUUGCGUGAAGAUGCUGCCAUCACUUCUUGUUGUCUUCAUGAUCCUCAACAUGCUCAUGAGUUUACCUGUUGCGGUCGUGAUAUAUUUUCUAUCUCACACCUUGACUUCUUAUGGUUUCUACUACCACAUUUGCGAUGACUACAAGUGCUCUUUAUAUGGCUUAUCUACGGGUUUCCUUUGGUCUGGCCUUAUCGUUGCUUUUAUCAGCUGCAUACUGAAUGGAGUGCUGACUGCAGGUGUUCAAAAACUUCGACUAUUAAGUCAAGGCGUUAGAACUGUUAUGGUGACGGGGGUUGAUGAUUCAGCCGCUGUCGUCUGCUCGAAUUCUGCCCCACCUGGACAGCAGUAUGUGUACAGCGCACAACAAUACCACGGAACUCAGCCAUAUUUUAACCCUCAAGCGCCCACGUUUUCGCCGUCAGUGAAUCCAUCUGCACCUCCGACACCUCCAGAAUACAAACCGUGAAAACGUCUAUCUAAGUUUUGCACUUACAAAAGAAGUGGGAUCCAUACCUUUGUCAGA